AUUUGUUUAUAGCACUAUACAAAUUAUGUUUGAAGGAUCAGAGCCUGGUUGUGGAGCAGGAAAGGGAGGUGGUGCCGGUGGUUCUAUUCGUGAAGCUGGUGGUUCACUAGGUAAAAGGGAAGCCACUUUAGAAGAUGAAUACUUUCGACGUUUGGAUAAACAAAACAUCGAAGCACUCAAAGAUAAACUGAAUAAGAAAUCUGUUGUGGAGAAUCAAUCUUCAGUGGGUGUGGCAUUUAAUAUUGACCAUUAAAAAAGGAAUCUAACAUUUAAACGAUGGUGAUAACAAUAAUAAUCUGUUUUACCGUUUUUUUAAUGCUUUUAAUAGUGUGUUAUACGCAUAGUUUCGUUAUGUAUUGACUAUUCUAUUUUUAAAACAACAAAUAUAUCCCCUUUUUGCUUGUAAAAA